AUGAUAGUCGAUAGAGUUCGUUCGCUUUGUCGCCUGUCUGAUCAUGGAGAUUUUGCUAACCAGUACGCCUCGUUCCUGACAUAUCUGCAGCAGCAAAAAGAACACCAGUUUUGUCAUUAUAUGGAGGAAACCUGGAGUCACAGAGUCGAGCAAUGGUUAGGAUUCGCGAGAGGUAAUGCUUGUAUGAACACGUCGAUGCUAGAACGCUUUCAUAAAAGGCUGAAACAUGAACUGCCAGAUGCUAAACCCAACAUGCGCUUCAAUCGCGUUCUAGAGAUAAUCAUUUCCCUCACUUCGGAGAUGGACGAGGAUCACAGCAUCAAGGUGAGGUCGUCUCAGAAGAAGAAGCAAGAUACACAGAAAGAGCAGGAAACGCUUCCUUCAUAUGCUCAAGACGAUGUGAACUUUUGCGCGGUCUGCUUCCUGCGAGACCCGAAAAACCCCACUGACAAGGAGAAACCCUGUGGUUAA